UGUUGCUGUCAUUCGGGUUGCCUUGAGGAUGGAUCCAGUGGUACUGAGCUACCAGGACAGUCUCCUGCGGCGCUCAGACGUGGCACUUUUAAACGGACCCCACUGGCUCGACGAUCAGGUCAUAGGUUUCGCCUUUGAGUACUUUGCAACAGAGCGCUUCAAAAGUUUGGGCGAGAAUAUCUGUUUCAUCAGCCCUGAAGUCGCUCAGUUUAUAAAGUACGCCUCAUGUCAAGAAGAGCUCACCAUUUUCCUGGAGCCGCUGAAUCUUGUGUCUCGUCGGUGGGUUUUUUUGGCUGUCAAUGACAACUCUAAUCAAACGGCUGGUGGCUCCCAUUGGAGCCUGCUUCUCUAUCGGCGAGACACCAGCCAGUUCUUCCACUACGACUCCCAGAGUGGAAGCAACUCAUUGCAUGCCAGGCGUAUUGCAGCCAAGUUGGAGGCUUUUCUAGGCACUGGAGCGAAAGUGCCCUUUGUGGAGGAGCAAUGCCCCUCGCAGCAGAACAGCUAUGACUGUGGCAUGUAUGUGAUCUGUAAUGCCGAGGCUCUAUGUGAGAGUGCUAGAGUCGAGGGCUGUCCCCACCUGCCCGCUCCGAUCAUAACACCCACCUACAUUACACGGAAACGGACAGAAUGGUAUUCACUAAUACAGAGACUCGCCAAAGAAUGACUAGCUGACCUUUUAUUACAUCAUGCAACAGCACCGUCAUGUUCGCAUGAACUGUAUUAGCCAAUGGGCAAAGUGAACACACUUAUUUAUCGUACUCAAUCCUGCACAAAGGAUGCACAAAAUAAACUGCAUUUGGAAACAGCAUGCACUUCUCAAAAAUUGUUUGCCAAACUCUUAAAUGAAUAGUUCACACAAAAACGAAAAUCCCAUCAUCAUAUUACUCACCUCGCUCCAAACCCAAAAUGAGAAGUGAGAUGCAGAGUCUUCACACUGCUUUUUUUCAUAAAAUGAAAGUGACUGCUCCGUCAAUCUCCAAUAAUUUCAAAAAAGCACCAUUAGAGGGAUAGUUCACCCAAAGAUUAAAAUUUGCUGAAAAUGUACUCAGCCUUAGAAUUUGUGUCUUCAUUGGAACUGAUUUGAAAAAAAAAAUUAGCAUUACUUACAUCACUUACUCACCAGUGGAUC